AUGGCUUCUGAACCAGUGGAAGACAACUGGAUCAACUUAAUACAAAUGAAAUUUAUUGACAAUACACUUUACUUUAUACCUGAAAAUGAUGAAGACCUGGAAUCGGAUCAUUUCAGUAAUAUUGAACCUUCAAGAUUUGCAAUCAUACGAAAUUUGAGGGACCAAGUUCUCUUCAUUGACCAGGGAAAAGAACCUGUGUUUGAGGACAUGCCGGAUUCUGACUGUCUAGAUAAUGCACCCCAGACCAUAUUUAUGAUAAGAAGGUAUAAAGAUAGCGAAGUCCGAGGCCUAGCAGUAAGCAUGUCUGUGAAAUGUAUGCAAAGGAUUUAUACCGUCUCCUGUGACAACAAAGCUAUUAACUUUAAGGAAAUCAGUCCUCCUGAAGAUAUCAAUGAUACAAAAAGUGGCAUCAUAUUUUUUAUGAGACACGUUCCAGGACAUGAUAAGAUAAAAUUUGAAUCUUCAUUGUACCCAGGAUAUUUUCUCGCUUCUGAAAGAGCUGCAGACUUUUAUAAACUCACUUUGAAAAAGAACCAAAGUCAUGAUACAUCUAUAAUGUUCACUGUAAGCCCCCAAGAACUAGCCUCCCUCCAUGCGGGCCAGCCCAAAGGCCCAGGGAAGAAGAGGAACCACCUGAAGAUGUUUCAGGGCUUCUCCCUCGACUAUCAGGCUGACCCGCAUGGAGUGGACAUGGACCCAAGUCUGAUCAACUCCGAAGAGCAAAGUCCUGUCUGGGUCUUUGGCCUCUGGAUGGUGUCCCCUGAAGAGUGGACCUAUCUCUCCAAACUACUCUUAGUUACCUGUUUCUUUCCUGUUAUCUUUGCCUUUUCAAGGCUCAUUGUCUCCCUUAAUCCUUGCCUGUCUUCAGUGUCCCAUCUCUGCCUAGACCAAUUUCAACUCUUUUCAUCUUCUAUCCUCCACAAACUCCAGGCCUCAUCUCCCUUUGUCUUUGAUCUUUUUAUAUGA